AUGCCGCUCGCCUCGCUGCUCUUGUCAGUUGCGAGCAAUGCCAGGCCAAUCACUGGCCCGUGGCCUCAGGCCUUUCCGGCCAAGGACCUCUGCUCCAACUGCGGCCUCUGCCGCAGCGCCACGGGCGUCACGUCCGUCACGGAGGCGUGCGCCUUCAUCGGCGACGGCAUGGCAAGAGCGGAGCGGCUCGAGGAGCCG